AUGGCGACCAAAACCCCCGUCCUCACCGAAAAAGCCCCCAAACCUCUCCCUGGGAUUUACUCGCAGGCUAUCAUCGCCAAUGGUGUCGUCUACUGCUCCGGGGCGGUCGCGAUGGAUCCCGAAACGGGGAAAUUGAUCGAGGGGGAUGUCAAGGCUCACACGCAUCAAUGCAUCAAGAACCUCACGCAUGUUCUCGAGGCCGCCGGCACCACCAUCGACAAGGUGGUCAAGGUCAAUGUGUUUCUGUCGGACAUGGAUAACUUUGCCGAUAUGAACUCGGUCUAUAUGCAGUACUGGGGCGAUGUGAAGCCCUGCCGGACUUGUGUGGCUGUCAAGACGUUGCCGCUUAAUACGGAUGUUGAGAUUGAGUGUAUCGCUGUGCUGUGA